AUGGAAACUCGGGGCAUCCUCGCACGAACCGCCUCGGGCGGGGUCAUUUUGGGCAAGUACAGACUGGGUCGCCUCCUGGGCCGAGGCAGCUUCGCCAAAGUCUACCAAGCGCGGUCUCUCUGCGAUGGCAACCCGGUGGCCGUAAAAGUGAUAGACAAGGCCACAACGGUCGACGCCUCCAUGGAGCCUCGGAUCAUCCGAGAAGUUGCCGCCAUGCGCCGUCUCAGCUCCCACCCCAACAUCCUGAAGAUCCACGAGGUCAUGGCUACCAAAACCAAGAUCUACCUCGUCAUGGAGCUCGCCGCCGGCGGCGACCUCACAGACGAGAUUCGCCGCCGUGGCGGACGGUUCACGGAACCAACCGCCCGGAAAUACUUCCGGGAGCUCGUGUCCGCCCUCCACUUCUGUCACCGACACGGCGUUGUCCACCGCGACGUGAAGCCCCAGAAUCUCCUUCUCUCCGGAGCCGGCCGCGUCCUCAAGAUAUCUGACUUCGGCCUCUCGGCACUGCCGGAGCAACGUCGCCAAGGCCUCCUCCUCCACACCGCCUGCGGCACGCCAGCGUUCACCGCUCCAGAGAUCUUACACCGGCGCGGUGCAGCAGCCCACGCCGGGGGGUAUGAUGGCACGAAGGCAGAUGCGUGGUCCUGCGGUGUCAUCCUCUUCGUGUUCCUCGCCGGCCACCUCCCCUUCGAUGAUUCCAACCUCGCCGCCAUGUACCGCAAAAUUCGCCGACGAGAAUUUUCCUUUCCCAAUUGGGUUUCGAAGCCGUCGAGGCAAUUGAUUCGGCAGUUGCUCGAUCCAAAUCCGGACACAAGAAUGAGCAUCGAGUCUUUGAUGGGUCACACUUGGUUUAAGAAAUCACCUUCAUUUGACCAAUUUGAACACUGUUCACCUCAAUUAAGUUUAAUACUAAACACAGAAUGUAAAAUUUCAACAAAAACAACUAUAAAUGCAUUUGAUAUAAUCUCAAUGUCAUCUGGGUUAGACUUAUCCGGGCUUUUCGAAACAACAAAUAGCCAAAGAGAGAGAAGAUUCACAUCGAAGGAAUCAGUUGAGGGGAUCACGGAGAGGGUGGUGAAGGUUGGUGAGAGAUUAGGAUACAAAAUAGAACAGGGGAAGGGAAGGACGUUAGGUUUGCUUAAAGAUAGAGUAGUUUUACUAGUGGAAAUAUGGGUGAUGGCGCCGGAGUUAGCACUGGUGGAGAUAGCGGUGAUUGAUGGCGGUGGGUUGGAGUUUGAGGAGCUGUAUUGGGAAGAUUUGAGAUGUGGGUUUGAGGAUAUCGCUUUGUGUUGGCACAGUGACGUAUCUUGA